AUGCCGAGGAAUGGAACACCCGAGAUGUUGUUUCCAGGAUCCAGGAUUAGGUAUUCUCUCCGCCGCGCUGCUCUGAGGUCUGCCGUUUCGGCUUCGAGGUCCGUCUCGGCCACGACACGUUUCACUCCCAUUGCUGCUCUGGCCAGCUCAGAAUGCAAUUCCUCGAAACUUGCCGCGCCCCAGGCGCUCCGGUUCUUUUCGCAGACCAUCCGCAAGGCCUCUGAAGACAAGGAUCUGGAGGACGCACAGCGCCGGUCCGAGCAGGAGGCUGCCGCUGAGGGUCAACAGGACCCUGAGGAGUUUGUCAGACAGUCCGAGGUCGAUGUCCAAGAGGCGAGCCAGGAGCCUACUCCCGAGCCGUUUACCCCCCCGCGCACUGGACGGAUUCCUGGGACCCAGGAUCAGCAACAUUCUGCCUUCAUCCGCAACCUUGUGUUUGAGUUGACCGAGGAACACCUCGUCAAGGCCUUCGAGAAGUAUGGUAAGGUCUCGGGCGCCUUCGUCGCGCGUGACCCUCGCGGUAUGAGCAAAGGGUUCGGGUUCGUGUCCUUCGAGACGGCCGAGGAACUCCAGUUGGCUUGUGAGGCCGUCAACGGUUCAUUCUGGCACGGCCGCCGCAUCACUUGCAUCCCCCGUACCGAGCAACGGGAGGGCCGGAGCAGGCACCGGAACUCGCCCUCCGAGCCAACUGCCCAACUCUUCAUCGGCAACAUCCCCUACGAGACUACCGACGCCGAGCUGAACCGGAUCUUCCAGGGCAUGGGCAACGUCAAGGAUGUGCGGGUUGCCGUUGAUCGUACCACGGGCUGGCCGCGCGGUUUCGCGCACGCCGAUUUCCCCUCAGUCGAGGCGGCUAUCGAUGCGAAGCAGAGACUGGAGGGUGCUAAGCUGAAUGACAGGCUUCUGCGGAUUGACUUUGCCCAAGGGUACAGGAGAGGCCAGGACGGCGCUGAGGGCCGGGGCCCUCGCCGCGAUGGGGGCGACUGGAACGGCAGGAGCGACAGGGGCGACAGGGGCGACAGGUACAACAGGAGCGGGAGGAACGACCAGGGCGACAGGGACUCCGACGGGUUUGACAGGUACUAA